GUGAUCUUCCAAUGAAAAUACAACAUCAGUAAUUUUACUGUUUUCGUACGUGUAUUAUGCGAAUUAUAAUAUAAUAUAGAAAUAGUACAAUUUAAUAAAAUCUAGAAACAUGACUUUUUUAAGAAAACAAAAACAAAACCAUUAAUAAAUUAAGAUUUCAGGUGCCAGCUGUCUCAAAAUUCAAAUCUUACUAGAUCUUCCUCUAUUUUUUAAAUAUUUUUAUCUAAUUGUGAUUAUUAUUCAGAACCUAAAUAUAAGUAGUAAACAAAAUAAAUAAAUAAUCCUAUUUCUUUUUUCCAAUGUAUAUUUUGUUAAAUAGACUAUAAAUCAUAUAAACUCUCCCUUCUAUGUUGUUUAAUAGUUACUUUAAAAAUAUUGUUUUCUUCAUUUCUCUUCACCAGUCGUCUUCAUACUAACACCAUGAAAAUAAAAUCAGGGACCCUUUAUGGAAUAUCUAUUUCUCUCAUUAUCAUCAACCUAGCAACGAUGAUGCAACGGGCAGAUGAAAAACUCAUUCCUUCAACUGCGAAAGAAUUGAAAGAAGCGUUCCAUGCAAAGCUCUCUGAUAUUGGACUCCUCUCGUUUAUAAGAAACAUUGUUCAAGGGCUUGCCUCGCCUUUAGCCGGUUUAUUUGCCGUCAGUUAUGAUCGUCCCACAGUUUUCGCAUUCGGAAGUUUCUUUUGGGUCUCAUCAACUGUUGCAACUGGAGUCAGCCGCUACUUCAUCCAGGUAACACUUGGUGUAGCAUUCAAUGGGGUUGGACAUGCAAUUGUUUAUCCAGUGCUUCAGUCGAUAAUUGCAGAUAGCUUCAAGGAGAGUUCGAGAGGUUUUGGUUUUGGUUUAUGGAAUCUCAUUGGUACGGUUGGAGGUAUAGGGGGAACCGUUGUGCCAACAGUCAUGGCUGGUCAUAAUUUCUUUGGAAUAUCAGGAUGGCGAUGCGCCUUUAUAUUGAGUGCCACGCUGAGUGCGAUGGUCGGGAUUCUCGUUUUCUUCUUUGUCACUGACCCGAGGGAAAAGAAGACUAGCAGCGUCAUUGUUCAUCACGAUGAUCAACAUGAGCGAGAUGAAAACAACGGUGCUACAACGAUGGAGAGUCCGAGCUCUUCGGUUUGGAAGGAAUCGUGGGUGGCCAUAAAAGAUGUAACCAAAUUAAGAACAUUUCAGAUCAUCGUAUUGCAAGGAAUCGUCGGUUCGGUGCCAUGGAAUGCAAUGGUUUUCUGGACAAUGUGGUUCGAACUCAUUGGUUUUGAUCAUAAUCAGGCCGCGCUCCUAAACGGAAUAUUUGCCACCGGACAAGCAAUAGGAUCUUUGGUCGGAGGAAUAAUUGCGGACAAAAUGUCUCAUAUGUUUCCAAACUCAGGCAGAUUGAUUUGUGCACAAUUCAGCGUUUUCAUGGGCGCUAUAUUCUCCAUUGUUCUUCUAAGAAUGAUCCCACAGUCCAUAAACAGUUACUACAUCUUCUUGGUAACUCUCUUUCUAAUGGGACUAACCAUAACUUGGUGUGGACCAGCCAUUAACUCUCCAAUCUUAGCUGAGAUUGUUCCUGCUAAGCAUAGAACCAUGGUCUAUGCAUUUGAUCGCGCACUCGAAGUUUCUUUUUCGUCAUUUGGUGCGCCUUUGGUUGGGAUCAUGUCGGAAAAACUUUUCGGGUUUGACGCAAAAGGAAUUGAUCAUGUUAAAGACUCUGGUCGUGAGGCCGAGGCAUUGGGGAAAGGGAUCAUGUGGAUGAUGGCCCUCCCGUUUGGAUUGUGUUGUCUUUGUUACACACCGUUACAUUUCCUUUUCCGCAAAGAUCGAAAAAACGAUAGAACUACGAGUUCAACGGAAGUAGAGAUGGUGUGAGAGCUAAUGGUAUACUCAUCAUAUUUGUUAUUGUUUUAGUAGUUUUGAUGUUUGUUAUAUAUUAUUUGAGAUAAAAUUUUAUCUAUAUGAUCAAAUCCUUUAUCCUAAUAAAAAGUAAAAACGCAGACUUAUGACACAAGAAAAUUAUAUACAAAAAUACUAAAACAUUUUCAUGAAUUUUUGUUUGUUUUUGAGAAAUACACAAAAUCACCAACGUGCUUCCACAUGUGACAUACGACUCGUUGUUA